AUGUCCCUGGCGGUUCGUCCUCCUGUAUGUCUGCUCUGCCGGAGCGGGACCCCUACUCUCCUUCUCUCGAGCGUAUCGCAGGUCGCGCGCUCUAUGGCCACAGCUCGACUCCGCCGGAAAGUUGCUCGUUUGGCCUUGUCCCCAGAUGUCGCCAAACCAUCGAUCAAUAAGAAGCGCUCGGGUAAAGACAAGUUUGGACCAUGGUCAGGAAUGAAUCAGACUGAAGCUCAUAUUCGGGAUGAGCCACGGCCACGGUCUCAAGCGGCCUUAAGACGCUCGGGCGAGAAGGCGGCGGAUACACCUCGGAAAAGCGACAGCCCCUUGUACAAAGCUCUAAAGAUGCAGACCACGCUGGCUCCUGUGCCUUAUGGCCGCAGAACUGCGAUCAAAUCUAAGAUCGCCGACGUCACCAGCUUUGAUCACUUCCCACUCCUACCAGUUGUUCGCCAUUCAAUCUUCUCUCAAGCUCUUCCCGGUCUGGCCGAUGUCACCCCCACUCCUAUUCAACGUCUCGCAAUUCCCAAGCUCAUGGAAGAUUCACCGGCUGGAAAGCGAGGAACUAAAGUUGAGGACGGGGAACCUCACUACGACCAAUACCUUUUAGCAGCGGAGACGGGCUCUGGCAAGACAUUAGCAUAUUUGCUCCCCUUGGUUGACGCUGUUAAGCGGCUAGAAGUUGAGGAUAAGGAGAAUGAAAAGAAAGAGGAGGAGCGAAAGGCAAAGGAGAAAGAGGAGAGGCUGAAGAACCGGGCUUUUGAUCUUGAGCCUGAGGAGCCGCCACUCUCCAAUGCCGGAAGACCGAGAGUAAUAAUCCUGGUGCCAACGUCAGAGUUGGUUGCACAAGUAGGUGUCAAGGUUAAGGCGCUUGCUCACACAGUGAAAUACCGAUCUGGGAUGAUCUCAUCCAACUUGACUCCUCGCCGGAUCAAGAGUACUCUGUUUAACCCAGAUGGUAUCGACAUUCUCGUUUCUACUCCUCACUUGCUUGCAUCGAUUGCUAAAACGGAACCAUACGUGCUGAGCCGGGUCAGCCACUUGGUUCUCGAUGAGGCCGACUCGCUUAUGGACCGUUCUUUCUUGCCAACAACGACUGAAAUUAUUAGUAAGGUAGCACCGUCGCUCCGCAAGCUUAUUCUGUGCUCGGCUACGAUUCCCCGCAGUCUCGAUAAUUUGCUGCGCAAGCGCUACCCAGACAUCAAAAGACUGACUACGCCCAAUCUGCAUGCGAUCCCACGUCGAGUGCAACUAGGAGUGGUGGACAUCCAAAAAGAACCCUACCGAGGAAACCGAAACUUGGCCUGCGCUGACGUGAUCUGGUCGAUUGGGAAAGCUGGCGAUUCCGAGCCCUCGGACCCGUUCGCAUCUUAUGUCGGACCGAAUAUCAAAAAGAUUCUUGUGUUCGUCAACGAACGUGAGGAAGCGGAUGAGGUGGCCCAGUUCUUAAAGUCAAAGGGGAUUGACGCCCAGUCGCUCUCCCGGGACUCCAGCGCCCGGAAGCAAGAAGAGAUCCUUGCUGAAUUCACCGAGUCAGCACCUCCGCCCAGCCCAGAAGAAAUCAUGUUAGCCCAGAAGAAGAGGCGUCAGGAGGAUUCCAUUCCCUUUGAACUGCCCGAGAACCACAACAAAGCCGGGAAUACUCGCCAAUUGCCUAAUACUAAGGUGCUCGUUACCACCGAUUUGGCAUCCCGAGGCAUUGACACCCUCCCCAUCAAGACUGUCAUUCUAUACCACGUCCCGCACACCACGAUCGAUUUUAUCCACCGCCUGGGACGUCUCGGCCGUAUGAACAAGCGUGGUCGCGGUAUCGUGCUGGUCGGAAAGAAGGACCGUAAGGAUGUUGUGAAGGAAGUCCGUGAAGGUAUGUUUAGAGGACAAGCAUUGAUCUAA